GAAAAAAAAACAGUAAAUUUUUGUUCAAACAUUUUCGAUUGAUAAAAAAUUAUACAAAUCGGCUUUAAACUUGUGCAACCAAUUCGACACGGGCUACGACCAUGUUUCUCUUAAAGAAUACCAUGAGGAGGGCGACAACGGUGAUGCAGGUCCUGAGCAGGCCGACCCCCGGCUUGUUCUCGGUUUGCAACGCCAUUAGGAAAAUGGACACACUGUACGGGCGCGAAGGCUGCGAGGACUGCGUGGAUAGCUACCCCGUGCUGUCGGUGCGGAAGGACCUCAAGCGGAUGGAUCCCCCCGACAACACGAGGGUGCCCGAGGCCUGCUGGCAGUCCCUGCGCCGCACCGAGUACAAGUGUCGUACCGAUCCGGAGUUCACAGUCGACUCUUUCAUCACCGAGAGAAUGAAGUGCCUGGCGGACCGGUGUGCCUUUGCCUUUCCCCCCAGGGACCUGAAGUACUACCGGCCUGGCGACAAGCUGCGUCGCAAGUACCAGCGCACAUGGGUCGAGUGUGUGCUGAAGCGUCGCAAGCGUAAGGCCAAGUGCAUCCUGAAGCCAAUGAACAUCAAGCGGCGCAAGCGCAGGAAGCCCAAGUCCCCGACCGUCUGCAAAAUGGUUCCCUGCAACGCCGGGGCACCCAAGCUGGACCUGAUGACCUGCACCAAGUCGAUGGGCGGGCCGUGCCCGAAAAUAACGAUGCCCUUCUGCAAGGAGGUACAUAGUUCAACCAGGUGCAAGAUUGGCGCACGCGGCCCGAGCAAGUGCCGCAAGCGUUUGACCAAGUAUCCGAGCUUCUCCGAGUGCUUGAUCGAUCCCUUGCCGGAGGCGCCACCCACCGAGUGCAACUGCCUUAAGCGACCGUCCAUGUGCUCCGUCUGGGAGUACUAUCGUCACAGGAAGUCCUAGGCUGUCGAUUCUAUCGCUGAUUAAACAAUAGCCCAAACUAGUGCAAUUACAGAGCAAACAAACAAAA